CAAAUCUCUCUCUCUCUCUGUUCUCAGAAAAAAAACAAUAUGGAGAAAAAUUCUUGGGCCGAUCAAUGGGACAACAGCAAUCAUACUUCGGGAAAAACGUCAGACGACGGUAAGAGCAGCGGCGGCGCGUCGGGGAAAUACAAAGAGAAGGUGGAGGCUGGACUUGGGAAGACCAAAGCGGUGGCGAGUUCGGGGUUGAAUAAAGUCAAAACAGGAACCUCGUUGGGUCUUAAUUGGAUCAAAGACAAGUACAACAAAACCACCACCAAAAAGAACUGAUAUUAUUCAUUGGUCUUAUUAUUAUUACUUUGGAUUCGUGUGAUAUUAUUAUGAAUAAUGGUUUGAAUUGUUUGAUUUUGUGAAGAUUGAAAGUAUAUUUGAAAACCUGAUUAAAUACAUGAGUUAACUACUCCAAGAUGAAUUGAAAUUACUGGUAUAGAAGACCCUUCUUUGGAUUUGU